AUGGGCAAUAUAUUAGCUAGAAAGCGAACCGCGAAAAAACGUCCAAAGAACAUUGAUGAUAAACUUUUAUUUAACGAAGAAAAUGAAAUCGAUAGGACUCAGGUGGAACACCACAUGUACCGUACAUUAUGGGGUGGAAAUUUUCUAGCGCCCGUACGGGAUAUAUUAGUGAAGGGUGAUGCCAUUGUGUUGGAUUUUGGUGACCUUAAUGGCAGUCUUCCGUUUGGCGAUAAUCAAUUUGAUUUUGUACAUACUCGAUUUAAAUAUCUCAAUUAUACCAAGGAGCAAUGGGAAAAGAAGGUGGUAAAGGAGCUGGUGAGGGUUUUAAAGCCGGGUGGGUGGAUAGAGAUGUUUGAGCUUGAAUGUGAUGGGAUAAAUAACGGUCCGAUUUCGAAACAUUACAUACAACUUUUCCGGGAAGCUGCCCUAAAGAAAAACAUUGAUCCCGACUUAGUCUUUCACCUACCCGGCAUCUUGGCCUCCACCGAAGGUAUUGACUCCUCAACCAUAUGUCACGCCAGUAAGGUUGUUCCGAUGGGUUCUUGGGGCGGAAAAAUCGGAGAGCUGGUGCAGCAUAAUACCACUGAAUUCGUAAGAAAAAUUAAUGUCGUAUUGCGUAUGCCAGAGACAAAAACUGAAGAUUUGGUGGCGCAACAGAUUGAAGAAUUAAAUUAUUAUAAGACUUCGAUUAGAAUGCACAAGUUUUACGCUAGGAAGGCUUUUACUUCGCGAGAUUGCUAG